UGCGCGAGUCGCAAAUGUGAAAUUGACGAGAGUAAGCAAUUUAUAAUGCGAGCAUUAACAACAAUUGGGAGCAAUGUUAUGGUUACUGUAUGUUAAAUGUAAGGCGAGAGAUAAACAUUGUUUAGCAUUGCGACACGCCAAAGAAUUAACUAUUAGUCCCAAAACUGUGGCAACAAAAAAACUUCUCAAAAUUUGAAGCACUUAAGAUUCACAACUCAAAAAUGUCGGUUAUGCUUUUUGAGGACAAAUAAUGCAGCUGCCUGGCAUCUACGGAGCCGACAACAGCAUCAGCAUCAGCACCACCUCCACAACCAACACUCGAAGCAUCUCAAAGCGGCUCACCAGAAAAGUGAAAGCCGCAGCAGCAAACCAAAUUGAAAACUCAUACAGGUUAAUGCUGGAACAGGCGCCUUAUAGCAAUCUGACGGUCAGUGACGACCGGGUGUCGAACAUUUACUCCACCACCACCAUGACAUCUCCAGAAGCACCGACCGCAACAUCUGCAACCACAAUUUCUUUAAAUUCGACACCAUCGCUGAGCGAUUCACAUGUCAUCAAUAGAUUGGUCGAUGUUACGAAUGCCACAUCCAUUGAUCCGACUGAAGCAUCAAUUGUGGUCAUGAACCCCGCCAGCACCACGAGUUCCCCCUGGAACAUAUCCUAUGUGUCCGUUUCGGCCACCAACUACAAUAACUGUUCCGCCCUGUUUGCCAACUACACACAACCGCAAACAGGCAUCUAUUGCAACUGGACUUGGGACUCACUGCUCUGUUGGCCACCCACGCCGGCCGGCGUUCUGGCUCGAAUGAAUUGUCCCGCCGGCUAUCACGGAGUUGAUACACGCAAGUUCGCCAAUCGCAAGUGCGAGUUAGAUGGUCAUUGGGGUGGCCGACCCAACGAGACUGAACUAAAUCCCGCUGGUUGGACCGACUAUGGACCAUGCUACAAGCCAGAGGUUAUACGACUCAUGCAGGAGAUUGAGGAUGUCAAUCUCUAUAUGGACAUUGCGCAGCGUACUCGUACUCUGGAGAUUAUUGGACUAUGCCUGUCCCUGCUGGCUUUGAUCAUAUCUCUCGUUAUCUUUUGCGCCUUUCGAUCGCUGCGAAACAAUCGCACCAAGAUCCACAAGAAUCUAUUCAUUGCCAUGGUACUGCAGGUGAUUGUGCGACUUACCCUUUACCUUGAUCAGUUCCGACGUGGUAGACCGGAAGCGGCUACCAAUACAAGUCUAUCGGUUAUCGAAAAUACGCCGUAUCUAUGUGAGGCAUCAUAUGUACUGCUGGAAUACGCACGAACCGCCAUGUUUAUGUGGAUGUUCAUAGAGGGACUCUAUUUGCAUAAUAUGGUCACCGUAGCUGUAUUCCAGGGUAGCUUUCCACUUGUCAUCUUCUCGUUGCUGGGCUGGGGUAUGCCUGUGCUCAUGACAACCGUCUGGGUGCAGUGUACAGCCUUCUUCAUGGAUACAUCGAUGGGCGACUGCAUGUGGAAUUAUAAUCUGACGCCAUACUACUGGAUACUGGAGGGGCCUCGUCUGGCAGUCAUAUUGCUGAACUUCUUCUUUCUGGUGAACAUUAUCCGGGUGCUUGUGGUGAAGUUGCGUCAGUCGCAAGCGAGCGACAUCGAGCAGACGAGGAAAGCGGUACGGGCGGCAAUUGUGUUGUUGCCGCUUUUGGGUAUAACGAAUUUGUUGCAUCUGGUGCCGGCACUGAAAACGGCGUGGAAAUUUGCCGUAUGGAGCUAUGGGACGCAUUUUCUUACAUCAUUUCAGGGCUUCUUCAUAGCACUCAUCUAUUGUUUUCUCAAUGGCGAGGUACGCACUGUGCUACUGAAGAGUUUAACCGUGUGGAUGUCUGUUCGUGGUCACCCCGAAUGGGCGCCGAAGCGUGCCUCGAUGUACUCGGGUGCCUACAAUACCGCUCCCGAUACGGAUGCAUUGCAGCAACCGGGCGAUACGUUGGCAUCAGGAAAGCGGGUAUCGCCGCCCAACAAGCGCAUGAAUGGCCGCAAAGGCAGCAGCGUCAGCAUUGUUAUAGCCAAUGAGCCACAACGCCAACGACUCGUACAGAAGCGCAACAACAACAACAUGGCCAAUGGCAAUUCGCGUUCUGCACUUCAACAACAAGCACUACAACAACAUCAGCAACAACAGCAAAAAGAAGAGACAGCCUCGGUAUCGGCAAUGGCAACACGCAUACAAAUCAAGGAUCCACCGUCGGGUCGACCCAACUGGAUGAUCACCCUGUGCUUUCGCGGCCAAAAGGUACUGAGAGUACCGCCAGCGUCAUCCGUACCACCCGAGUCAGUUGUAUUUGAGUUGUCAGAGCAGUAGAUCAAACUAGUUCUAGCCAUAGACGUAGUCUGUAGCCCGUAGACCCUUAAGUUCUUCCUAGCCUACACUCUUAAUAGCCUUAGCUUCUACUUCUUAUUCUCAUUCAACUACUUCUUAUACUUCUUGCACACAAUCGUAUUCCAUAUAUAACUUGCUCCCAUACUCAACUGUACUCGUACAAUACAACUGUACAAGAAUCGUCAAUAUUUAUCAAAUCGUAUCACGCUUAUUCGGGGUUUUUGUUGCUACGGUCGGCUUUGCAAAAAAAAACAUAAACUUCUCAUUGUAAAUUAAAAACCAUCUUCAAUUAAUUACUCCAUUUGUAUGUACUUCUCAUAAUUCUCCAGUCCUACACUUACUGAUCCAGAGAUCCAUUGUAUCAUAUUCCAUAAUUACCUGCCAAAGUAACCGUCACCCGCCAA